CCAAUUCGCCCAAGUGCUAGAAUAAAGUUCGGGGCCGACGGGGCGGGCGGGCUUUUAUUUUCCCUUUAAGCAAGACGAGCCGCGGCCCCCGUGGCGACUCCCCGCUCGUUCUCCCCCUCGACCAUGGCGUCGGCCGAGCUGGCUGAGAAACUCCACCGUCGCUUGCUGCGGGACGGGAGCACCUCGGAGCCUCCUCCGGGGGAAGCGGGUGAGAGUCUCGCCCCUGAAGAGAUUGAGCCUGCCGGGUCGGAAUCGAGCUUUAUAGACCCGGACGAGGACCAGAGCCCCGUGAGCUCGGCCGCUGACCCGGAAUUGAGCGCCAAACUGAGCCGCAGGCACGACAUCAACGCGGGCGCGGCGCGGCCCCGCCUCGCCCAGGUCUUCAACCCCUAUACGGAGUUUAAAGAGUUCACUCGCCGGCAGAUCAAGGAUAUGGAGCGCAUGUUCCGACUGUAUGACUCAGGGAAAGAUGGUUACAUUGACCUUAUGGAGCUGAAACUGAUGAUGGAGAAACUUGGUGCACCUCAGACUCAUCUAGGCCUGAAAAACAUGAUCAAGGAAGUGGAUGAAGACUUUGAUGGCAAACUCAGUUUCCGUGAGUUCCUGCUCAUUUUCCACAAAGCGGCAGCUGGAGAGCUUGAAGAAGACAGUGGACUGAUGGCUUUGGCAAAACUUUCUGAAAUAGAUGUUGCCCUUGAGGGGGUAAAAGGAGCCAAGAACUUCUUUGAAGCAAAGGCUCAAGCUUUAUCUUCUGCCAGCAAGUUUGAAGCAGAAAUAAAAGCAGAGCAAGAUGAGCGAAAACGUGAGGAAGAGGAAAGAAAGCAUCGCAGAGCAGCCUUCCAAGAACUCAAAUCAGCAUUCAGUCAGUAACCGGAACAGUCGAUCUGUUUUCUGAGACUGGUGUACAUUCUUUCAAGUUUUAUUUUUAAUUAGUCAACUACUUGAAGAAACAAAUUUGAAAAUUUCCCCCUUUUAAAUAGCCUCCUGUCUAGAUUUUGGAGGAUAUGCCACACAGAAGGCCAUUCAGAAUGAUGCCACCCCCCCAAAAACAAACAAACAAACAAAAA